AAUAACUAACUCGGUAAGCCCAUUGCGUUCGGUCCUUGUAGUUUUGCACGAACCGGCGACCAAUCGGGACUAAAAAUCUGGUACAAUUAAUACACGAAUAACUUAUUAUCAUAGCCACGAUGAAAAUAUUUGUACAGCUAAUUGUAUCGAUCAUCGUAUUAUGGACAAGUGUAACGAAUUGUCAAGAUUUCUACGUGCCCGCCGGGGAAGAGAACGAGUUAACGUACGAAUUUAAUUAUGAAAUCAAUGAUUUGGUUUCGGGCAUCGUAUCACAUAGGUGGGAAUCCAGGUAUGGCGAUUACGUUAAAGGGUCCUACAGCUUUUUGGAACCCAACGGUAUGAUCAGAAGUGUGUUUUAUGAAGUUGACGGAAACAAAGGCUAUAGAGCUAUAACGAAAAUAUACAAACCUACACAAAUGUUGAAAUUGUCUACGUCAGAAAUUCCUCGCCCAAACGAUGACAAUCGACUAGUUUAAAAACCAAGUUAUAUAUCUAUUUAUUCAAAUAAUAUUACUUAUUAGUGAUAACUUACCUAAACAACUUUGUAAUAGCUAAACUGGUUG